AUGCCCCUUCAUGAUUCGCGACAGCAAUGUAUACAUAUGGGACCCUUCAACCUUGCACAAGCAGCUCAGGGCAACCAAGACAGCUGCCUGGAGCCGCAUGUGAAGAAUGUCGAAAAAGAAAGCUUCGAUGUAGGUGAUAGACAGCGCCCUCAGUGUGGAACCUGUGCUGAUGCGGGCAUUGUAUGCGAGAUAAACAACAACCGCUUGGCCAGAGGUCCAAAGAAGGGAGAUCUCAAGGCUCUUCGGAACAGAAUUGCAUUGGAGCGCCGGUUGAGUAUCGAAUACAGCGAGGAUGGGCUAAAUGGUGGGACUGGAGAUUCUGAGACACUCCCAGCAACGACCGAGAGACCUGGCGUAGGCACAACAUUUGCAACACCUGCGACAUGUUCCUCGGACAGCGGCUCUCCAAUCCUUGCUUCUCCCACACAUGCCCCGCAACAUGCAAGUCUGUGGGAGCGCGAGCUCCAUGUGCAGAUACCGCCUCUUACUCCUGUUACUCCAGCAUCGAUGAUGGCUUUUCCGGCCUUGAAGUUUCCUCCAACUCCUCAAUCACCGGUCGUGAACACGUUUCAAAUUGUUGACGAUCUGAUGAAGACUGACUUAGAUCAACUGUACUUCGAUCGGGUUCACCCCAAUAUACCUAUUUUCAACCAAUCACAGUACUUCUCGCGCUCCCGUCAAAGUCCCGCUUCCGACGCCCCCAACUACAUGCUAUGUCUCCAGUAUUGCAUGUGGACGUUGGCGAUGGCGCUGUCGUCUCAGUUCGAGAGCUACCGAGAACUCUUUUACACAGAGGCAAAGCAGAUGCUAGAAGGCAUUGACCUGACAGACGAUGAUUUCCGGCCAGUCCAAAUUGAGCAGGUGCAAAGUUGGCUACUAAUUGCUUUUUAUGAGUUUGCUCGCUGCGGCCAUCGUCGUGCCUGCAUCAGCGCAGGAAGAGCAUUCAGGUUAGCACAAAUGGCUCGUCUACACGAGGUCGAUAAUCCCGAUGAGUUAGUUGAUGAAGAUCCGAUUCAGAAGGAGGAGAGGCGCAGAACCUUCUGGGUAGCAUAUUGCUUGGAUCGGCUUAUAUGUAUGAGCAACCGCGCCCCUCUCACAUUGACUGAAGACGUGAUUGCGGAAUCCGCGGCAACACAGGCUAGCUCUAAGGCCCAUGAACAGAUUGGAUAUUUUAAGGCCAAUAUAUUUCUGCCGUUAGCCGUCUAUCUGGCAGCGUCAUACAUAAAAGCUAAAAAGAAGGAAAGUCUGCAAUUCGGAGGUCUACCCAGUCCAACAAUGGACCUGGCCGAUCCAGACCUUAUGGCCAGCGAGUUUCAAUGUUGCGUGGACGUCCUGAGGAAGACACAGAGUUUCAAUAACCUGGCCAGAGAAAAUCUGGCGGCAUUGGAGUCUCAUGACGUUGCUGGAACAGGUACGCUAUAG